AUGCAAGACAAGUUGACCAGAGCUGCAGCCGCCCGGCUGGACUUUGUGGGAGCUGCUGUGCUCCUCUCCUCUUCGAUCCUUAUCGUCUUCGGAUUUGAGGAGGCCGGCUCAAGAUAUCCGUGGAGCAGCCCCGUCGUCAUCUCUACCAUUGCCAUCGGCGGCAGUCUGUUUUUGGCCUUCUUUGCAUGCGAGUACUUGGUUGGCAAGCCGCAGUACCCACAAGAGCCCGUUUUCCCUCUCCGUCUAAUGAAGGAUCGACAUUUUGUUGGCCUCAUACUGAUCGCCUUCUUCACUGGCCCCGCGUUCAUGACAGCCUUGAUAAACCUACCACAGCGCUUUCAGGCAGUCAAUGGACUGAGCCCCUUCAAUGCGGGCGUCCACUUACUCCCUCUCCUCUUGAGUUCCCCACUUGCCACCGCGGUAUCUGGUCAUCUGGCUACCAAGUGGGACGUCCCGCCUUUCUAUCUGUUGCUGUUCGGAGCAACCAUGCAGAUGCUGGGCAUUGGCCUCGCCAGCUCUGCUGCACCCAACGAGUUGAGACAUCUAUUGGGCUUCGAAGUCAUCAUGGGCUUUGGGUUCGGUAUGACACUCGUGACUCUACUCAUCUACGUCCCUUUCCUGGUUGACCGGGCGGACCUAGAGUAUCUUGACCCCUCAGAGAUGCAGGCUAUAUUGAACUCGGUCCAGUUCAUCGAAACUCUCCCUUCCUCCACACAGACUACUGUCCGGUCCGUGUUUAACGAAGGCUACAACUUGCAGCUUCGCACAAUGCUCUACUUCAGCGCUGUCGUGCUUGUCUCUAUGACGCUCAUAUGGGAUCGAAACCUUAAACGCGCUCGUGACAUGACAGGGUAUUAG